GACGUUCUAUUUUUUUCCCCCCCGCCUCAGUCAGCUGGCAGUGACGUAGCGCGGGGCAGCUCGGUCUAACGGCACACGGUUGUAAACAGGGCGGACCGUGCGCUCGUCUCCCCCCCCCCGGUGGGACCCAUGGAGUAGGCACGGUGGCACACUGCAGACAUAUUCGCGUCGGGGCGGUGGACGGCUGAAGAGAGAGGAGGCUGUCUGAGAAGUAGAAGAGGCGGAGCACAUUCCAGGGACACCGCUAUCAUAACAAUUCAUUGUCAACGUUGGACACCAACUGCUCACUAAUUGGGCUCAAGACUAACGGGGUGAGGAGCGACAGGAACCAAAAUGGUGGAUUACUAUAAUGUCUUGGGAGUGUCUAAAACAGCCACUGAGGAUGACAUCAAGAAGGCGUACAGGAAAUUAGCACUGAAAUGGCAUCCAGACAAAAAUCCAGACAACAAGGAGGAAGCAGAGAAAAAGUUUAAAGAAGUGGCUGAGGCCUAUGAAGUCCUCUCUGACAAGGGAAAGCGUGAUGAGUAUGACAGGUUUGGAAAGGACAGAACGCGACACCCAGGUUCCUCCAGUUCCGGCUUUGCAUCAUCAGAUUUCCCAGGAUUCACCUUCACAUUCCGCAGCCCAGAUGAGGUGUUCAGAGAGUUCUUUGGUCGUCAGGAUCCCGUCUCUAGCUUAUUUGAUGACUUCCCAGCCUUUGGCGGCUCGUCCUCUGGCCUCGGCAACACUGGGUUCUUUUCAUUUCCUUCAGCAGGAGGUGACUUUACCUGCUUCUCUUCCAUGGGUGGUCUGGAUGGGAUGGGUGGCAUAGGCGGCAUAGGCGGCAUGGGCGGAGGGAUGGGCAACUUCAAAUCCGUGUCUACCUCCACUCGCAUCAUAAAUGGCAAACGCACCACCACAAAGAAGAUAAAGGAGAACGGGCAGGAGAGAAUAGAGAUUGAAGAGGAUGGGGUGUUAAAGAGUGUCCUAAUUAAUGGUGUGGAGGAUGAAAUGGCCCUCGCGCUGGAGCUGAGCCUACGAGAAGGCCAGCCCCAGAGCUCACAACAGAAGCCACAAAUCCCCAAAGAAUCACCUGCCACACAUCAGUCAGUGAACUACAACUACGGGGUGGCGUCAGGCAGCGAGGAUGACGAAGAUGACGAGUACGACGAAGACCUGCAGACGGCUUUGGCAUACAGCCUGUCAGAGCUGGAGGCGGAGGAGAGAGCGGCUGUUAACAACAUCAUAAAAGGUGCUCUGGGUGGGGACAGAGCCAUGAGGAGCAAAAUUAAGGCUACAAAGACUACAACUAGUGCUAGUACUACAACUACAAAAUUGAACAUCAAUGGCACUGAAAUGUUUAUUGAUGUAGACGGGCAGGUUAAAAUGGGCCCAGGGCCUGGAGGUAGAGAGGAAAAGGAGGUGAAGGAAACCAAAGAGUCAGACUCUUCUGAGUCACCCACAACUUCCAGCACUACGCCACAGAGCAGUCCAGAAGAGUUUAAACCGGCCGUGAAAAUUAGUGACAGUAGUGCCAAAAAGAAAAAGAAAUGUGGGUGUAUUGUGUGCUAAUGGAGUGUGUGUGUGUGUGUGUGCUUGUGCAUUUGGGAUGCCUUAUUCUUUAUACUGACCUCAGUGUUGUGCCUACAGCCAGACUCUAAUGUGAUUUUGUUGCUGGAAUCUAAAUUUGAGACCGUGCCUCAAUGAUCCCAAGGCUUUCUUGCAGUUUUAACAGUCACCUUUGUGGUGUAUUACCAUUUAAUUGGCCUAUACAGCUAAAAGAUAAAUCUUGCAGAGCAAUAGGAGUAUUUCUGAAUGUAUGUAAAUUUGCCAAAUUUUAAUGUAGACUGAAAAGAGGUGGUUUAGUAAUUUAGGAGUUGGUAGUGAGUUUAAUCUGAGAGUGUUGUGGCCGUGCAUGUUAUUUCUGUGCGUGCGUGCUGUGUGUGUUUGGACUAGUUGAGACCCUGCCAUAGAAUAUUCUCAUCACGGCUCUCAGUCAAAGGGAAUGUAUCAGAACUGUGUCACAAACAAUAGAUCAUCUAAAUCUAAAGUAGGUCACGGAACUUUCUCUGGUGACCAUUUUGAUCAAAAAAGAGCUCUGUUUACUGAUCAGCCUUGACUAAUUUCUUGAAUAUGUAAAGCAAAAAGUAGUUGAAGCACACAUCGCACACUUUGCAAAGAUAAAUACCUUGUAAAUAUGCACAUACUUCAACUGCAAAGUUGCGAUUCUACAGAGUUUACGUAUCAUUGAUUGGCCUUAAUUCACUUUUACUAAAAUAUCACUACCGUAAUAGGUCAGAUUGUAGUUGUUUUUGAAGGUCGCAUGCAAAGCACAGCAUAGAAUGUGUACAGCAUUGUGACUGAUUGUAAACCACCAUUGCAAACAAUCAUUAUACAUCUCCACAUGUUUCCUAUGAGGUAGCUGGCGAGGUUAGCAGGGAAAUGGUUAUGGGUUAUACUCGGUGCUCGUCAGAACCAGGCUAACAAAGUAUCUUGUAUAACUGACGCACUAGCGGCACUUUUAAGGCUUUAGAAGCGUUGGCUAAGUAAUAAUAAGAGUGUUAGAAAUAUAUAUAUGAUGAAGCUGCUACCCUAGAUCCUCAUAAAUUAAUGACUCAUCAUAUGAAGGGUGGAUUAGUGUCCUGUUACCAUGGAUAAACAGCAGCUGCGCUUAAGUUAUAGGACAUGCUGGAAGUCACACCCGUAUUUCGCUUGGGGUUUCAUAGGGGCUAGAAACAAGUCUGAUGAGUCUCAUAUAGUUUGAUCUAUUUUGUGCCUUUGUGUCUUUUGGCUAUUUUACUGUGUUUACAUAUGUAGGGUAAAUGUGCCAAGUCAGAACAACAAAUCAGUUUCAAGCGAAGCUAAUGUAUUUCAGUUAACAAGUUAAAUGGGUCUUUUGUUGUUGUGGGUUGUUUUAUCCAUUCAGCACCAGCUUUUUCUAGCCCAAAACUAUACAUGGGCGAUUGAGAGAGAGAGGCUUCAGAGCCAGUAGUAUGUGAUGGUUGUGGUAAUGUUUAAAAAUAUGCAGCUUUGUCAACAAAUCGUUGCUAGAUUUGGUGCCCUUUUGAUUGGUUCGAACUGUAAGUGUGGGGGAGACGUGUUGCUGCAUUUUCCUUCUAUCAACGUCUGUUGAUUAAUUUCCUCUGGGCAAAACACUAGACCCCACAUGUUUAUUGAGCUGCACAGGGCUGGAGUUUAAACAGACUGUUGUGCUCCAGGGCAACUCCAAAACCUUCCCUCCACCUGCACUGAUAUUCUUCAGGUUUCUGCCUGGAAUAAAAUGGCAUGAGUAGAACAAAUAAGUGAUAGAAAUCUGCCUAAAUGAAGGACAUACCUUGCCUUGACAAUUAACAUAAAUAUUCUGUUUUGUAAUAUUGGCAUGUACAUUCACACCUCAGCACCUUAGCAAGACAUGCUUACAUAAUUCACGAUAGUAUUCAGUGGUUUUAGCCGCAAUGUGAAGAAAAACAAAACACUGGAGAAAACACACACACACACACACACACACACACACACACACACACACGUGAACACUAAUAAAUGUUUUAAAUGUGAUUGUUGCUGUGAAACAAGGCUGAAAGUAAUACGAUGUGUAGUUGGUGCCAAAACUCAAAGGUGUUAAAAAUAAUACUUUGUGCCAGUUAUAUUUCUUAAUUAACUUCUUAAUUCUUAAUUUCUUAACUUCUUAAUUUCUUGCUGCUGUUCAACGACACGCCUGUACCUUAUUACAAGCAGUGUCCCCUCCUCAGCCCUGCCUUUACACUGCUCAAGCAAGAUGUGUUGUCAUAUAUUUUCCCGAGUGUGUAACUGAUUUUACGUUGCAUGAGUUUUGCUUUUUACUUUAUAGGUUAGCUGUCAUCACUGGUAAAGAGGAGAAAUAAUCAGUUCAAACUAGUCAAAAUAAUUUUGUCCGAGUUGUUUAAUAUUUCUCCUCUUCAACCUGUUACUGUGUGGGGGAGGGAAUGAGAGCGAAAGAGGCCAAUGGUUUCCCUUAUAUCCACCUGUAAUUAUACUACAUUGCAUUGUGUUUGUUAUUUUUAUUUUACGAUUGUUCAAAGGUAAAUUACAAAUAAAGAUUGAGCUGAAGAGGA